AUGGAGAACGAAAAGGGAGAGAUUGUCGAUCUCUACGUCCCACGCAAGUGCAGCGCGACCAACCGUAUCAUCAAGGCCAAGGACCACGCCAGCGUCCAGAUCAGCGUCGGCAAGGUCGACGAGAACGGCCGCUACACCGGAGAGAACCACGUCUACGCCCUCUGCGGAUUCGUGCGAUCAAGAGCCGAGAGCGAUGACUCCCUGAACAGACUCGCCCAACGGGACGGUUUCCUCAAGAACGUCUGGAGCGCACAGCCCACGAGAUAA